GUCAACCACCACUAUGCUGUGGAGACGCAUCGCCCUCAGGCUUGUCCUGAAGAAUCUUAGGCAUGCCGCCUAAAAGCCUUACCUCUCGGGAACCGAAUCUCAUGGUUCACGGCGCCCAAGAGAGGCGAAAAAUGCCCGUUAUUUUCAAUUUUGCUUGCACGUCGAAAUGCAGAUGAAGUUUCUGCUACGGUGCAUCGUCGCUAGUGUUCAGCUGGUAGUGUUUGUUGCAGCUGAUCUACGUGAAGAUCUCAGUCAGACCGGUGUCACCGCGUACUUCCCAGGAGACAGCGAGUUUGCAGGUGCUUCAAGGGCUUACAAUACGCGAUUCACUUUCACACCAGCAGCUAUUGCAUACCCGGAAACAGUUCAAGAUGUGUCGAACGUCGUCAAGGUUGCGGUAGCAAACGGGAUAUCUGUGUCCGCUCGAAGCGGUGGUGUACGGGUCUACCUUUUGCCACUUUUUGACCCUGUUAUUGACGGGCUGAAUGGGUUGAACAGCAUAGUUACGUUGCAAACGGCUUAGGAGGAGAAUCUGGAUCUCUUGUCGUAGACAUGUCCAAUAUGAAGGCCAUAAACAUCGACCAGAACACGAAAGUUGCGACCAUCGAGACGGGUAAUAGGUUAGGAAAUGUCGCGAAAGCUUUGAAUGCCGGUGGAAGAGCAUUGCCUCAUGGCACUUGUCCGUACGUUGGUAUUGGUGGACAUUCAGCAUACGGUGGAUUUGGUUACACGUCGCGCUUAUGGGGUCUUACUCUCGACACUGUUCAAGCUGUCAACGCUGUCCUCGCGAACGGUACAAUAGUUCGCGCGACCGCUGCUUCCCAAUCUGACAUCUUCUGGGCCUUCCGAGGUGCCGGUCCUUCAUUUGGUAUUGUCACAUCAAUCGAAACUACCACCUUCGCCCUUCCGACAUCUUCCCUGAUCUUCUCAUAUCAAUGGAACACCCUCGACCCUCAACAAGCUUCAGCUGCUCUCCAAGUCUUUCAAUCCUACCCCCAACAGAAUUCUCUCCCUGGAGAACUCGGUUUGGAAAUCGUAUUGGGACAAGGAUGGACAGACGGCACCCUGUCUUUUACCGUUCAAGGAGGUUAUUACGGGUCUGACGGUCGCAGUGGGAUCCAACGUCUCAUGACACCUUUCAUAUCGGCGAUGAACCUACCGAGCACCUCGCUCAAGGUUCAAGGUGAUGGAACAUACAUCGAUACCGUUCGGAUACUGGCUGAAGAGGAUGGAGGGUUGGACAUGAAUGGACAGGAUGUCACAGAUACAUUCUAUGCUAGGUCUAUAAUCGUCCCGGAGAAUGAGGUUCUCAGCAAAGAAGCGAGCGACAGCUUCAUGAAUUAUUUAGCCAAUCAAGGGUCUAAUGUUCCGAACCUGGACUACUGGUUCAUAGAAAUCGAAUUGUUCGGCGGUCAAAACUCAAAGAUCAACUCUGUGUCAGCCGAUAGCACUUCGUUCGCUAGACGAGAUGGCCUUUUGACCAUGCAAAUCUAUGCAUCUUCGGGUGACAGAACGCCGUUCCCCGAUAAUGGGUUUACUUUCAUUGACGGGGUGAUGAACGCGAUGACAUCUACUAUGCCUAGUUCCUGGAACUACGGUGCUUAUAUGAAUUACAUUGAGGACCGUUUGACUAACUGGCAACAACGGUACUUUGGAAGCCACUACGAACGACUAGUGUCAAUCAAGAGGCAGGUAGACCCGGGCAAUGUUUUCAAUUUUCCUUUCGGUGUCGAGGUCUGACGUGGGACCUCAUUUAAUAUAUACAACUUCGCCUAUUUACACGGUGUAGAUAUGUUUGGACAAUGAGAUUCGGACAUUGCAUGUAUA